GCUAAUGUACGGCUUGAUAAGAAAAAAAAAACAUUGACGCCCUCUCCUUCUCAGGAGGCUUCUCUCUGUCUUUAUAUAAACAAAUCUAGCUGUUUAACGUUCGCUGAAUAAACGAAUAUUUUAAGAACUGUUCAACGAAAUUUUUAAAAUCAUAUAUAUAUAUAUAUUAUACGGUAUAAAUGCCAAGUGUUAAGGAUGAAUCAGAGGCAGAAGGGGAGGAGAUGUCUCAUGAUAGUAAUGAUAGUAACCAGAGUUCUGCAUCAUGUGACAGUAGUGCAGAACACACCGACAGUGAUGAUUCUUCGGAAAUGGAUGAAGAUGAAUGUGAAAGGAGACGCAAUGAAUGCAUGGAUAACCUAUUAGAUUUGGAGAGACAGUUUACUCUUCUCAAGGAACAAUUGUAUCGAGAAAGAAUUACACAGGUAGAUACAAAACUUGGGGAAGUUCGUGUCGGAAAAUCUGAGGAAUAUCUAAUACCACUAGAGCGACUAAAGGAAAAUAUGAAAACAAAAACAGAAGUAGCUGGAAUAUUAAAACAGUACAGAUUGCAAAACAUUCAGAAUAAAUUCUUAGCAGAGGAACAGGCUGCUUUGCAAAAUUUUGAAAGUGAAAAAGGUUUGAUUUGGGAUUAUAUUCAUAAUGAUCUUCAAGAAAAGAUUCGCCGUCUAGAGGAAGAUAGAAACAAUGUGGACAUACAUGCGGACUUAUGGCUUAAUACGACUGGCAGAAGACGCAGAAACCAUUCGGAGAGAAGACGAGCUGUUUCUGUUGCAGGUCCUUACAUCGUUUACAUGCUGAACGAUGCAGACAUAUUAGAGGAUUGGGCAUUAAUAAAGAAAAGCUUAAGUAGUUGGAAAACAGAAAUAAUGUAAGUUUUACUUGAGUACGUGAAAGAAAAUACUUUCGACGGUAACGUCAUGCGUUCAUCUUUGAGAUGAAUAAAGAUUUCGUCCAGUGUGAUUGGUUUGAAAUCAGACAAAUACAUUUUCAUUGAUGACGUUUAUUGCGCGUCUAACAUUUGUACAGUGUGCCUUGAAAGAAAAAUGAAAAGGUAAUAUAUUUAUUUUAAGAAACAUCUCGCUAACUUUACUAAACGAGAAUUGGUCUCUUAAAAUAAAAAAAAAUUUGCCAAAAUAAAAUAUCAAAUUGAUCGAUAUACGUACUUCUGUAAUAUUCAUGUAAAUUAUUUACACAUGGCUAUGCCGUCAACAAGAGCAAGUGCUCGGAAAAAACAGACAUUGUACAUUAAUUUUAUUUAAUAAAACAAAUUAUAUAUUACUGAGA